AUGAUUAUUACUGUUAAUAGUAAUAAUCGUUGUAGUACAAAAUCUCAAAAUUAUGUAUAUAUUCUAUUUAUUUCAAUUUUAUUAUUAGUUUCAAGUUGCUCUGUUGAAGCGACUUUCAAUGAAACCGAAUGUAAAACUCUCCAAGGUGAUGGAACACAACAAGUAACUGCAGAAAUGUUUAAUUUUACAAUAUCUUCACAAAUUGUUUUAUCAAAUAUGGAUACAAGUGGAGACCAAUUUUUUAUUUAUAAAUUACCUUCAAGUGCCAGUAAACUAUCAUGUGACCAUUGUAAUAUUCAAACCCUCGAAACUACAACUCUUCAUUUCAGAGGAGUCAGAACUUUAUCAAUUUUAAACAAUCCAAUUUCAGGAAAAAUUUAUACUUCUUCAGUGGGAUCAGUUUCCGAUUUGGAUUAUCGAGCAUUUGAUACAUCUUUUAUUAGAGAAUUAUAUUGGGUGCUAAAUAUGGGAAUAAACAAUGUAUUACCAUUAUCUAUAAAGGGUUACAUAUCAGGUUUACCAGAUGGAACCACCCUUACAACAACAAAUUUUUACUCACUAAAUUUUCAAUUGGGUUUAAAUUUCAAUCAGUCCAGUUUUGAAAAUUUAAGAACUAUAUCUACUAUAGCUACUCUGAUUUUAAAUGAUACCAAAGUUCAACCAAAUGUUCAAAUAGAUUUUCCAUUUGCCGAUGUACACCCAACCAUUAAUACAAUUCAACUUUAUAAUUUAGACCUAGUUGCACCAACUGCUUAUUUUAAUUUAUCGACAAUGAAAAGUCUAAUGCAAUUUACUAUUUCCAACUCUCCAAAUUACAACAUCAAUGGUGAAAUUCCAUUUUCAGCUUUUGGUCAAUCUCUAACUUAUAUUAUACUUUCUGGUAUAGGUAUCACAAAGCCUCUUUCACCAAAUGUUCCAAUAUCAAAUACAUUGAAUAUUUUUACACUUAGUAAAAAUUUACUAGCUGGAACGCCACCAAUUUAUCCACAAGCAAAUUUAUUGGAUUACAGUAAUAAUAAGUUUUCUGGUUUAAUCCCAAAAGAAUACUGUCACUACAAUUUCAAUCUAUCAUAUAACCUGAUGACCGGGGAGCUUCCAACAUGUGUUACCUGCCAUCUUUAUAGCAAACUAGUCAAGAGCAUGAUUGUUGGAAAUCAAUUUUCAAACUAUAGGGAUAAUUGGACACCAAGCCAAUAUCCACCUUGCACAACUAUAAAAAUACAAACAGCAUUACUAUAUGAUAAAUCAACAUUGACUAUCUAUGGUACAGAUAUUGGAUGGGAAAAUGCCUUUGCAACAAAAUCACCAAAGACAACGAUCAUUAAUGAAGUUCCUAAUGAAAGAUUAGGUGGACCUAUUUGGAGUAUGUUGUAUGUAGAUAGAUAUAUAAAUGUUAGUUUCCCAUCUGCAAACAACAUUAGUAUUUCAGCACCUCUUACGCUUCAGGGUGCCCAGAUUUCUAAUAUAAGUGUUUAUACAGCUGGAAAUUAUGGAAUUAGCUUUUUCAUGUUGGGUAGAGGAUUUGGUGAUAAUACUUCAAGAAUCGCAAUGGCACUAGGUCACUACCGAUGUGAAGUUGAGCAAGCGCUCAGUGCAGCUGCAGGUUGUACUGUCUACGAUGUAAACAUUCCAGAUGAUACUUAUAUCUUUCAAAUUACAAUACUCACACCCGCCAAUACUAUUAUAACUACCAACUAUACAUAUAUCUAUAGAAGAAGUAAUGCAUCAACUACUUGUCCAUCCAAAGGUGGAAAUACCAGUGUUAAAUUCGAUGCCGAAUGUGCCAGUACCAAUAUCAAUGCUAUCGGCAGUAAUACACUCAACUAUCUAACGAUAGAGAAAAAUGGCAAGACACUGCAGGGUCGUUUCAUCGAUAGGAUGCUCUCUGACGGUCGUCCAACGUUUAUCACCACGGAGAUUGUCAAGCAAACCGAGAAUGAAGUAAUGAAAUUCUAUAUCAAAUUUACAAAGAGUGGAAUACUAAUUGUAAAGAAAGCAUCACAAGAAGAUGAUGAUCCCAAUUCCACAUCAAAAUUAGAAAGAAUUAAUGCCUAA